CUUGACCUCUCCACACACGCGCUCAGUCUCUCUCCACCCAGGCACGCCGGAAACAUGGGGUGUGCGCUGUGGGUUGAGGGGUGGCGCGGUGUGUUGGGGGCUGGGGGUGUGCGAAUAGGUUGGCAUAGUGGCGCAGGGUUGUAUAUGGCAUUUGCAGACCAACGCUCCAAAGCCUACGCACAAGCCGUCGGUGUACGACCGAGCUUGGGGUGGCACAGCGUACCAUGCUCAGGCUUUUGUGUUGCCCUACACUGACUUUGUGCACGUGGCCGCCCAUCGCAAGUGGCUGUUGACU